AUGUAUUAAAAUCAAACUGAAUUUCAUAUAAAUAAUAAAUAAAUAAUAAGCAAAUAAAAUAAAGAAAUAAAUAAUAAAACAAACAAAAGAAAUAAACCCCUGCUGAAAAAUUAGCUACUCCUACUUAACAUGAGCUAUAAUAGGUAAUCAAAUCAAUAUAUGAACAGUAAUUAUGAACCAAAAGACAAUUACUUUGAUGGUUUAAUCCCGACCUAAGAACAACCUUCUCCUAAAAAUGAUUAUGAGGACGGCAAUAAUAACUUCAACUAUGAACAUGCUUAAAAUGCAUCAACAUUACUAGAUUAUUUUAGCUAAGAUCCUUAACAUGAAUAAUACGGAGAACCUUUCUAUUCAUAAAAUCAGAAUGAAAUUAAUGUAUUACCUAAUUAAACUAAUAAUCUAAAUCUUUAUACAAAUAUUUCGGAAUAAUAAGGUGAUAAUAUUUCUUAACAAAAUUAAUAUCCUUCAAUAGGUGAGACAUAAGAAUUUAAUUGUGAGGAUUAUCAUAAUAAUUAAUAUUCUAAUCAUGAGUUGUAUUAAUAACCAAUUGAUAAUUAAUAAUAAUAAUAAUUAGAUAAUUAAUUUUAACAAUCGUUUGAAGAUUCUGGAGACAACUUGUAAUAAUAAGAUAACUAAUCGAUGUUUUUUAAUAUUUAAAUUUAACAACCCAUAAUCGUUUUAAAUACUCAAAACUAAACCUACUAACCCAACUUACCUUUUCAAUCAUACCAUAAUUUAAAUUUGUUUGAUAUCUAGACUUCUUAUCCAUAAUAAAAUAUAUUCCAAUAAACAUAUCAACAACCAUCUUUAAUUUAGAAUUACUAACCACAGCCAAUUUUAACUUAACUUAUUUAACAAUUUGAUUUCAAUGCUAAUAAUGACUCAUACCAUUAAUAUCUUUCUACCAAUAUGGAAACCGCUAAUCAUGAGUAGUAGCAGUAGGUGUCAUACAAUAAAACCAAAAAUAUUGAGCGCAAAUAAGAUUUCUCAUAAUACGAAGCUUAACCAAAUAAAAAAUUCAAAGUCGAAGAAUAAUUAGAAUAAGAUAUACAAAUUGCUAAUCAAUCUAAUCAAACUCUCUAAAUAAUUAGAGGAGAAAAACCUAUAAAAUAUUUAUUAGACGGUUCCCAAUUCAAUUUGAAGAACUUUUACAAAAAUAUAAUGAAGAAAAUAUCUUAAUACUUAGUUAGUAUAUAUUAAGCAAAAGGCUAAAAAAAAAUAGUUGAAUUCAUAAAAAAUGUAUUCCCUUAAAAUAAGUGCAACAACAAACACUUUCUGUUGCUAUUUAACCACUUAUAGUAAAAUAAUGAUCCCUCAACAAGUAUAGUAAAUAAAAUCGAAUCAGAAUAUGAAUUUAGCUAAGAAGAUUAAGAUAUGCUUGAGCAAGUAAGAGAGGAGGCACAAAAGCUAUUUAGCAACAAAUUCUACUACUUAACGCGUAUUCACAAGGCACACAAAGCCUCAAAGAACAUCGAACAAUUCUACUAUGGCGCAGUUUUCUACGCUGAAAGAGCAACACAACAAUAAUUUUCUUCUCAGUAUAUUCCUUUCAAAGAAGAAUAAACUAUAUUCAGAGAUGUGUAAUCUGAUCUAUCUGCGAAGCUAUAUAAAUCUUACGAAAACCAAAAUAAAACUAAAAACACAAAAAAUAAUUAAAUUUGA